AUGCAGACCUGUGACUCCCUUACCAUCACAGAGGCCUCGUACCAUUACAGGAGGCAGUGGGAGGUGAAGGAGUGGCUGUGUCUGAACUGCCAGAUGAAGAGAAUGGAAUCCCCAGGACUUCCCAUGAAAAAACCCCAACCUUCUCCCAACAACGGUUCUGCACCUCAGAAGACCACUGUCACACCCAGCACACCCCAAAAGAAUAACACUCCAACACCAGGCUCCCCCCAGAGAAAACCUGCUACAUCAGCAACACAGCCACCCAAAGUAGAGGUUGCUAAAGCAGCAGACGCUCAGAAACCUUCCAGCCCAGCUCCUGCUCAGAAGACACUACAGGAGAACCGGAGAACAUCAGGGCCUCAGAAACCACCAGAGCAGCCAGGCCAACCUGGGCUUAAGCAGAGUAAUGCUACCCCAUCCACACAGCAGGAGCCCGGGAAGCCUCAGCAACAGUCUCCAAAAAGUGGAGCCUCUCCUGCCAAAGCUGUGCCACCAGAGGCCCAGCCCACCAAGGAGGAGUCAGGAGGCUUCUUUGGCUUUGGUGGUGCAAAAUCUCAGCCUGUCCCUUCAAAGCCUGAAGAGUCAGUGUCUGGGAAGAUGUUUGGCUUUGGCUCCUCCAUUUUCAGCUCUGCAUCCACUUUGAUCACCUCAGCUGUUCAGGAUGAGCCCCGCAUCACACCACUAGCUUCCCCCAAGGUGUCUGCACUGGCCCAGACCUCUCCCAAGAUGUCCCCUGCAAAGGAGACCAAACCACCUGCUGCUCAGAAAGCAGAGGAGAAGAAAGCAGAGCAACCCCAGCAGGCCAAGGUCCCCCCAUCAGUACAGGCCAAAGUGGACAAACCCCCACCAGAGCCUCCAAAGGGAGCAGCAUCCUCCCAACCAGCUCCCAAAGCAGGCCAGUCCACCUGUCCACUCUGCAAGGUGGAACUCAACAAGGGCUCCAAGGACCCUCCCAACUACAACACCUGCACGGAAUGCAAGAACACUGUCUGCAAUCUCUGUGGAUUUAACCCCAUGCCAAAUGUUACUGAGGUGAAGGAGUGGCUGUGUCUGAACUGCCAGAUGCAGAGAGCACUUGGAGGAAUGGAAGAUCCAGAACAUCCCAUGAUGAAACCCAAGCCUUCACCCAACAAAGUCUCUGCUCCUGCUACUCCUCAAAAGAAAGACACUCCAAAACCAUCUGGUCCCUAUAAAGUGGCCACUGCACCAGCCUCACCCAAAAAGGAGCCAGUGACUCGAGCCUCUCAGCCUGUCGCCUCAAAACCUGAAGAGUCAGUGUCUGGGAAGAUGGUUGGCUUUGGCUCCUCCAUCUUCAGCUCUGCAUCCACUUUGAUCACCUCAGCUGUUCAGGACGAACCACACACCACACUGCCAGCUUCCCCCAAGGUGUCUGCACACGUUGCAUCUCAAAAGAAGGAUACUCCCACACCUGCUGGUCCCCCAAAAGAUAUAUCAACACCAGCGUCACCCAAAAAAGAGUCUAAAAAAACAGCCACAGCCGCAAAGAAGGACACGCCAAUGCCAGGCUCCCCAAAGAGAAAGCCAGACUCCCCCGCAGUGACUGCAAAAGAGGACCAGAAACCUGCAGGCCCUCUAAAUCAAGGAGACCCAUCAGGGUAUAUGCAGGGGAGUGCUGCCCAACCACAGCAGCAGCCCACACAGCAGAAGACUCAACAACAAGUCCAACCUCAGCAGAACCCAGCAGGGGCACGUACAGCAGAGCCUGGGAACCCUCAGCAACAGCCUCCAAAACUUGGGACCUCUCCAGGACCUGCUGAGAAGGCACCACAAGAGAACCGGAGAACAUCAGAACCUCAGAAACCACCACAGCAGCCUAGCCCUGGGCGUAGGCAAAGCAGUGGCAUUCCAUCUACACAGCAACACCCCAAGCUGGAGUCAGGAGGUGUAUUUGGCUUUGGUGGACCCAAAUCGCAGUCUGCCUCUUCAAAGCCUGAGGAGUCAGUGUCUGGGAAGAUGUUUGGCUUUGGCUCCUCCAUCUUCAGCUCUGCAUCUUCGUUGAUCACCUCAGCUGUUCAGGACGAGCCCCGCACCCCACCGCCAGCUUCUCCCAAGGUGUCUGCAGCAGCCAAGGCCUCUCCCAAGAUGCCCCCUGCAAAGGAAACCAAACCACCUGCUGCUCUGAGAUCAGAGGAGAAGAAAGCAGAGCAACUCCAGCAGGCCAAGGUCCCCCCAUCAGUACAGGCCAAAGUGUACAAACCCCCAUCAGAGCCUCCAAAGGGAGAAGUAUCAUCCCAAUCAGCUCCCAAAGCAGGCCAGUCCACCUGUCCACUCUGCAAGGUGGAACUUAACAAGGGCUCUAAGGACCCUCGCAACUACAACACAUGUACCAAAUGCAAGAACACUGUUUGCAACCUCUGUGGAUUUAACCCCAUGACACAUGAAACAGAGGUGAAGGAGUGGCUGUGUCUGAACUGCCAGAUGCAGAGAGCUCUUGAAGGAAUGGAACCCCCAGGAACUCCCAUGAUGAAACCCUCGCCCAGCAAAGUCUCUAUACCUGUUGCUCCUCAAAAGAGGGACACUCUCACUCCAGCCGGUGCCCCAAAAGUGGCCACUUCACCAACCUCACUGAAAAAGGAGCUAGUGACUCGAGUCUCUCAGUCUGCCCCCUCAAAGCCUGAAGAGUCAGUGUCUGGGAAGAUGUUUGGCUUUGGUUCCUCCAUCUUCAGCUCUGCAUCCACUUUGAUCACCUCAACUGUUCAAGAUGAACCCCGCACCACACCGCCAGCUUCUCCCAAGGUUUCUGCACCUGUUGCACCUCAACAGAAGGAGACUCCCACACCAGCUGGUCCCCAAAAAGUUGCCACUGCACCAGCCCCAACCAAAAAGGACCCAGAGACCCCUGCUUCAGUGAAAGAGGAUAAACCUGCACCAGGCUCACCACAGAAGAAGAAGAUUUCUCCUUCAGUGGCUUCACAGCAGCACCAGAAGCCAGUGGACAAACCAACUCCAACGUCUGUCCAACAACCUCCACAGCAGAAGACUCAACAACAACAAGGCCAGCCUCCGCAGCCCCCAGCAGGUGCACCGAAAGCAGAGCCUGGGAAUCUUCAGCAACAGUAUCCAAAAGGUGGAGCCUCUCCUGCCAAUGCUUUGCCACCACAGGCCCAGCCCCCCAAACAGGAGUCAGGAGGCUUCUUUGGAUCUGGGGGUCCCAAAUCUCAGCCUGAAAAGCCUGACGAGUCAGUGUCUGGGAAGAUGUUUGGCUUUGGCUCCUCCAUCUUCAGCUCUGCAUCCACUUUGAUCACCUCAGCUGUUCAAGACGAGCCCCGCACCACACCGCCAGCUUCCCCCAAGGUGUCUGCAGCAGCCCAGGCCUCUCCCAACAUGCCCCCUGCAAAGGAGACCAAACCACCUGCUGCUCGGAAAGCAGAAGAUAAGAAAGCAGAGCAACUCCAGCAGGCCAAGGCCCCCUCAUCAAUACAGGCCAAAGUGUACAAACCCCCAUCAGAGCCUCAAAAGGGAGCAACAUCCCCCCAAUCAGGUACCAACACAAAUCAGUCCACCUGUCCACUCUGCAAGGUGGAACUCAUUAUGGGCUUCAAGGACCCUCCCAACUACAACACCUGCACCGAAUGCAAGAACACUGUCUGCAACCUCUGUGGAUUUAACCCCAUGCCACAUGAAAAAGAGGUGAAGGAGUGGCUGUGUCUGAACUGCCAGAUGGAGAGAGCUGUUGGAGGAAUGGAACCCCCAGGAACUCCCAUGAUGAAACCCUCGCCCAGCAAAGUCUCUACACCUGUUGCUCCUCAAAAGAGGGACACUCUCACUCCAGCUGGUGCCCCAAAAGUGGCCACUUCACCAACCUCACUGAAAAAGGAGCUAGUGACUCGAGUCUCUCAGCCUGACCCCACAAAGCCUGAAGAGUCAGUGUCUGGGAAGAUGUUUGGCUUUGGCUCCUCCAUCUUCAGCUCUGCAUCCACUUUGAUCACCUCAGCUGUUGAGGAUGAACCACUCACCCCACUGCCAGCUUCCCCCAAGGUGUCUGCAGCAGCCCAGGCCUCUCCCAAGAUGCCCCCUGCAAAGGAGACCAAACCACCUACUGCUCAGAAAGCAGAGGAGAAGAAAGCAGAGCAACUCCAGCAGGCCAAGGUCCCCCCAUCAGUACAGGCCAAAGUGGAUAAGCCCCAAUCUGAGCCUCCAAAGGGAGCGGCAUCCUCCCAACCAGCUCCCAAAGCAGGCCAGUCCACCUGUCCACUCUGUAAGGCGGAACUCAACAAGGGCUCCAAGGACCCUCCCAACUACAACACCUGCACUGAAUGCAAGAACGCUGUCUGCAACCUCUGUGGAUUUAACCCCAUGCCACAGGAAACAGUAAAGGAAUGGCUGUGUCUGACCUGCCAGAUGCAGAGAGCACUUGGAGGAAUGGAACCCCCAGGACCUCCCAUGAUGAAACCCCAACCCUUGCCCACCAUAGUCUCUACACCUGUUGCACCUCAAAAGGAGAAUGUCACACCUGCUGCAUCUCAAAAGCCGUACCCAGCUCCAGCUAAAUCCCAGAAGGAGGAGAUCCCAGUACCUGUGGCUGCCCAAAAUGAGAUCACUCCACCCACUGUACCUCAGGAGACACCAAUUCCCAUUGGAACCCCAGCACCAACUGCAGUCCAAAAUAAGGAGACCCCAGAACCAGGAUCCAUACAAAAUAAACAGGCUCCAUCUGCUGUGGCUGCGAAGGAGAACCAGGAAUCUAUAAUUGUUCCGAAACCAGUGGACCAACCAAUUCCAGCCAGACCCAAACCAAGUGGAGCUGCUACACCUGCACAGCAACCAGAAAAGCAAACUCCUCCACUGCAACAGCCUGCUACAAAGCCACCACCACAAGUACAAACCCAGCCAGCUCCAAAGCCAGACCCCAAAACUGCUCACCUAAAGCAGGAGCCUGGAAAGCUUCCACAACAGCUUCCAAAAGGAGGGACCUCUCCUGCCAAAGCUGUACCGGAACCACAUGCCCAGCCCACCAAGCAGUCAGGGGGCUUCUUUGGCUUUGGUGGUGCUAAAUCUCAGCCAAAGCCUGAAGAAUCAGUGUCUGGGAAGAUGUUUGGCUUUGGCUCCUCUAUCUUCAGCUCUGCAUCUACUUUGAUCACCUCAGCUGUUGAGGACAAACCACUCACCCCACCGCCAGCUUCCCCCAAGGUGUCUGCAGCAGCCCAGGCCUCUCCCAAGAUGCCCCCUGCAAAGGAGACCAAACCACCUGCUGCUCAGAAAGCAGAGGAGAAGAAAGCAGAGCAACUCCAGCAGGCCAAGGUCCCCCCGUCAGUACAGGCCAAAGUGGACAAGCCCCAAUCCGAGCCUUCAAAGGGAGCGGCAUCCUCCCAACCAGCUCCCAAAGCAGGUCAGUCCACCUGUCCACUCUGCAAGGUGGAACUCAACAAGGGAUCCAAGGACCCUCCCAACUACAACACCUGCACUGAAUGCAAGAACACUGUCUGCAAUCUCUGUGGAUUCAACCCCAUGCCAAACGUUACUGAGGUGAAGAAGUGGCUGUGUCUGAACUGCCAGAUGCAGAGAGCUCUUGGAGGAAUGGAACCCCCAGGACCCCCCAUGAUUCAUCAGUCUCCCAAGAAAGUGUCUGCACCUCAAACGGUCGCUGUCACACCCAGUGCAGCCCAAAAGGAUAUUGCAACACCUGCUGCAUCUGCGAAGAAAGACAGUCAAACCCCAGGCUCCCCUCAAAGGAAACCAAUUCCCCCUGCAGCUGAAGUAUCAAACGCUGAAGCUGCUAAAGCAGCAGGCACUCAAAAACUGGAAAGCCCAGUGUCUGCUCAGAACACUCCACUAGAGAAUCGGAGAACAUCAGAACCACCGAAACCACCACAGCAUCCCAGCCCUGGGCGUAGGCAGAGUAGUGCCAUCCCAGCCUCACAGCAACCCCCCAAGCAGGAGUCAGGAGGCUUAUUUGGCUUUGGUGGUCCUAAAUCUCAGUCUAUCCCCUCAAAGACUGAAGAGUCAGUGUCAGGGAAGAUGUUUGGUUUUGGCUCCUCCAUCUUCAGCUCUGCCUCCACUUUGAUUACGUCAGCUGUUCAGGAGGAGCCCCGCAUCACACCGCCAGCUUCCCCCAAGGUGUCUGCACCUGUUGCACCACAAAAGAAGGAGACUCCCACACCAGCUGGUCCCCAAAAAGUGGCCCCUACUACAGCCUCAGCCAAAAAGGAAACCGUGACCCCUGCUUCAGUGAAAGAGAAGAACACCCCAGAUCCAGGCUCGCCACAGAAUAAGCAGGUUUCUCUGGCAGUGGCUUCACAGCAGGACCAGAGGCCAGUAGACAAACCACCUCCAACACUUGUCCAACAACCUCCACAACAGAAGACUCCACAACAACAAGGACAGCUUCAUCAGCCUUCAGCAGGUGCACCGAAAUCAGAGCCUGAUAUAUCAAUAGUUGAAGCUGCUAAAGCAGAAGACACUCAAAAACAUCCAAGCCAAGGGCCUGCUCAGAAGGCACCACAGGGGAACCGGAGAACAUCAGAACCUCCAAAACCACCACAGCAGCCUAGCCCUGGGCGUAGGCAGAGUAGUGCCAUCCCAGCCUCACAGCAACCCCCCAAGCAGGAGUCAGGAGGCUUAUUUGGCUUUGGUGGUCCUAAAUCUCAGUCUAUCCCCUCAAAGACUGAAGAGUCAGUGUCAGGGAAGAUGUUUGGCUUUGGCUCCUCCAUCUUCAGCUCUGCCUCCACUUUGAUCACCUCAGCUGUUCAGGACGAACCACUCACCCCACCGCCAGCUUCCCCCAAGGUGUCUGCAGCAGCCCAUGCCUCUCCCAAGAUGCCCCCUGCAAAGGAGACCAAACCACCUACUGCUCAGAAAGCAGAGGAGAAGAAAGCAGAGCAACCCCAGCAGGCCAAGGUCCCCCCAUCAGUACAGGCCAAAGUGGACAACCCCCCAUCAGAGUCUCAAAAAAGAGCAGCAUCUUCCCAACUAGCUCCCAAAGCAGGCCAGUCCACCUGUCCACUCUGCCAGGUGGACCUUAACAUGGACUCCAAGGACCCUCCCAACUUCAACACCUGCACCGAAUGCAAGAACACUGUCUGCAACCGCUGUGGAUUUAACCCUAUGCCACAUGUUACAGAGGUGAAGGAAUGGCUGUGUCUGAACUGCCAGAUGCAGAGAGCACUUGGAGGAAUGGAACCCCCAGGACCUCCCAUGAUGAAACCCCAACCCUCGCCCAGCAAGGUUUCUACACCUGUUGCACCUCAAAAGGAGUCUCCUGCAUCUGCUGCAUUUCAAAAGGAAAAGGAGACUACCAUACAUGCUGCAGCCCAGAAGAAGGACAUCGCCACACUCCAAAAAGAGGACACAACUACACUUUCUGCACCACAAAAGGAGGCUCCAUUGCCAGCCUCAUCCAAAAUGUCACCACAAAAGAAAAAGUAUCCUACACCACCAGGUGUGUCCCUAGCGAAUGAGGUCCCAACCCCAGCUUUACCUGUCAAUAAGGUUUCUGCCCCUGCCCUUAUCAAGGAUGCACCAACUCCUGCUUCUCCUCUCACCAAGGAGGCGCCAACUCCUGCCUCAGAUCUCACAAAAAAGGAACUAACUCCUGCCUCAGCUCUCGAUAAGGAGGAACCAACUCCUGCCUCCUCUCUCAUCAAGGAGGCACGAACUCCUGCCUCAGCUCUCAACAAGGAGGAACCAACUCCUGCCUCCCCUCUCAUCAAGGAGGCACCAACUCCUGCCUCAGCUCUCAACAAGGAGGAACCAACUCCUGCGUCACCUCUCACCAAGGAGGCACCAGCCCCAGCCUCACCCCAAAAGAAGAAGGAACCUAUACUGCCAGGGUCACUAGACAGAAAGGUGGCCCGAAAACCAGAUUCAACCCCAAAUAAAGAUGCUGUACCAUCAGGUUUACCUCUGAAGAAGGAAGCCACACCUUUGGGAGCAGUAGAAACUAAAGAAGUCCAAGCUACAGCUGCAAUACAGAGCAAAGAUGCCCACAUUCCAGGUUCACCCAAAACAAAAGUGACUCCAACAGUUGACACCCCACUUAAAAAAGAGGCUUCAUCUACUGAGAUCUCAAUUGACAACCAGAAACUUGACAACCAGAAACCUGCAAUUGUACAAAAGUCGGUGAAGCAACCAGCCACACCUACAACCAAGCAGAACGAGCCAGUUCAACCUUUACAGCAGCCAGAAAAUCAAAUGCCUGCGCGGGAACAGCCGGCUACACAGCCCCUGACACAAGUACAGCCUCAGGAAACUCCAAAGCCGGACCCUAAAUUCACUCUCCCAAAGCAGGAUCCUGGGAAACCAGCCAAUCCAGCACCUGCUCAGAAGUCAUCACAGAACCCAAGAACAUCAGAACUUCAGACACCACCACAGCAGCCCAGACUUCCCGGGCGGAGGCAGAGUAGUGCCAUCUUAGCCACACAGCAACCCCCCAAGCAGGACUCAGGAGGCUUAUUUGGCUUUGGUGGUCCCAAAUCUCAGUCUACCCCCUCAAAACCUGAAGAGUCAGUGUCUGGGAAGAUGUUUGGCUUUGGCUCCUCCAUCUUCAGCUCUGCAUCCACUUUGAUCACCUCAACUGUUCAGGACGAGCCCCGCACCACACUGCCAGCUUCCCCCAAGGUGUCUGCAGCGGCCCAGGCCUCUCCCAAGAUGCUGCCUGCAAAGGAGACCAAACCACCUGCUGCUCAGAAUGCAGAAAAGAAAGCAGAGCAACCCCAGCAGGCCAAGGUCCCCCCAUUAGUACAGGCCAAAGUGGACAAGCCCCAAUCCGAGCCUCCAAAGGGAGCGGCAUCCUCCCAACCAGCUCCCAAAGCAGGCCAGUCCACCUGUCCACUCUGCAAGGUGGAACUCAAUAAGGGAUCCAAGGACCCUCCCAACUACAACACCUGUACCGAAUGCAAGAACACUGUCUGCAAUCUCUGUGGAUUCAACCCCAUGCCAAACGUUACUGAGGUGAAGAAGUGGCUGUGUCUGAACUGCCAGAUGCAGAGAGCUCUUGGAGGAAUGGAACCCCCAGGACCCCCCAUGAUUCAUCAGUCUCCCAAGAAAGUGUCUGCACCUCAAACGGUCGCUGUCACACCCAGUGCAGCCCAAAAGGAUAUUGCAACACCUGCUGCAUCUGCGAAGAAAGACAGUCAAACCCCAGGCUCCCCUCAAAGGAAACCAAUUCCCCCUGCAGCUGAAGUAUCAAACGCUGAAGCUGCUAAAGCAGCAGGCACUCAAAAACUGGAAAGCCCAGUGUCUGCUCAGAACACUCCACUAGAGAAUCGGAGAACAUCAGAACCACCGAAACCACCACAGCAUCCCAGCCCUGGGCGUAGGCAGAGUAGUGCCAUCCCAGCCUCACAGCAACCCCCCAAGCAGGAGUCAGGAGGCUUAUUUGGCUUUGGUGGUCCUAAAUCUCAGUCUACCCCCACAAAGCCUGAAAAGUCCAUUUCUGGGAAGAUGUUUGGCUUUGGCUCCUCCAUUUUUAGCUCUGCCUCCACUUUGAUUACGUCAGCUGUUCAGGAGGAGCCCCGCAUCACACCGCCAGCUUCCCCCAAGGUGUCUGCACCUGUUGCACCUCAAAAGAAGGAGACUCCCACACCAGCUGGUCCCCAAAAAGUGGCCCCUAGUACAGCCUCAGCCAAAAAGGAAACCGUGACCCCUGCUUCAGUGAAAGAGAAGAACACCCCAGAACCAGGCUCGCCACAGAAUAAGCAGGUUUCUCUGGCAGUGGCUUCACAGCAGGACCAGAAGCCAGAAGACAAACCACCUCCAACACUUGUCCAACAACCUCCACAACAGAAGACUCCACAACAACAAGGACAGCCUCAGCAGCCCUCAGCAGGUGCACCGAAAUCAGAGCCUGAUAUAUCAAUAGUUGAAGCUGCUAAAGCAGAAGACACUCAAAAACAUCCAAGCCAAGGGCCUGCUCAGAAGGCACCACAGGGGAACCGGAGAACAUCAGAACCUCCAAAACCACCACAGCAGCCUAGCCCUGGGCGUAGGCAGAGUAGUGCCAUCCCAGCCUCACAGCAACCCCCCAAGCAGGAGUCAGGAGGCUUAUUUGGCUUUGGUGGUCCUAAAUCUCAGUCUAUCCCCUCAAAGUCUGAAGAGUCAGUUUCAGGGAAGAUGUUUGGCUUUGGCUCCUCCAUCUUCAGCUCUGCCUCCACUUUGAUCACCUCAGCUGUUCAGGACGAACCACUCACCCCACCGCCAGCUUCCCCCAAGGUGUCUGCAGCAGCCCAUGCCUCUCCCAAGAUGCCCCCUGCAAAGGAGACCAAACCACCUGCUGCUCAGAAAGCAGAGGAUAAGAAAGCAGAGCAACCCCAGCAGGUCAAGGUCUCCCCAUUAGUACAGGCCAAAGUGGACAAACCCCCAUCAGAGCCUCAAAAAAGAGCAGCAUCUUCCCAACCAGCUCCCAAAGCAGGCCAGUCCACCUGUCCACUCUGCCAGGUGGACCUUAACAUGGACUCCAAGGACCCUCCCAACUUCAACACCUGCACCGAAUGCAAGAACACUGUCUGCAACCGCUGUGGAUUUAACCAUAUGCCACAUGUUACAGAGGUGAAGGAAUGGCUGUGUCUGAACUGCCAGAUGCAGAGAGCACUUGGAGGAAUGGAACCCCCAGGACCUCCCAUGAUGAAACCCCAACCCUCGCCCAGCAAGGUUUCUACACCUGUUGCACCUCAAAAGGAGUCUCCUGCAUCUGCUGCAUUUCAAAAGGAAAAGGAGACUACCAUACAUGCUGCAGCCCAGAAGAAGGACAUUGCCACACUCCAAAAAGAGGAGACAACUACACUUUCUGCACCACAAAAGGAGGCUCCAUUGCCAUCCUCAUCCAAAAUGUCACCACAAAAGAAAAAGUAUCCUACACCACCAGGUGUGUCCCUAGCGAAUGAGUUCCCAACCCCAGCUUUACCUGUCAAUAAGGUUUCUGCCUCUGCCCUUAUCAAGGAUGCACCAACUCCUGCUACUCCGCUCACCAAGGAGGCACCAACUCCUGCCUCAGAUUUCACCAAAGAGGAACUAACUCGUGCCUCAGCUCUCGAUAAGGAGGACCCAACUACUGCCUCCCCUCUCAUUAAGGAGGCACAAACUCCUGCCUCAGCUCUCACUAAGGAGGAACCAACUACUGCCUCCCCUCUCAUCAAGGAGGCACCAACUCCUGCCUCAGCUCUCGCUAAGGAGGAACCAACUCCUGCCUCCUCUCUCACCAAGGAGGCACUAACUCCUGCCUCAGCUCUCACCAAGGAGGAACCAACUACUGCCUCCCCUAUCAUCAAAGAGGCACCGACUCCUGACUUAGCUCUCAACAAGGAGGAACCAACUCCUGCCUCCCCUCUCAUCAAGGAGGCACCAACUCCUCCUUCAGAUCUCACCAAGGAGGAACCAACUACUGCCUCCCCUAUCAUCAAGGAGGCACUAACUCUUGCCUCAGCUCUCAACAAGGAGGAACCAACUCCUGCGUCCCCUCUCAUCAAGGAGGCACCAACUCCUGUCUUACCACUCUCCAAGGAGGCACCAGCCCCAGCCUCACCCCAAAAGAAGAAUGAACCUAUACUGCCAGGGUCACUAGACAGAAAGGUGGCCCCAAAACCAGAAUCAACCCAAAAUAAAGAGGCUGUACCAUCAGGUUUACCUCUGAAGAAGGAAGCCCCACCUUUGGGAGCAGUAGAAACUAAAGAAGUCCAAGCUACAGCUGCAAUACAGAGCAAAGAUGCCCACAUUCCAGGUUCACCCAAAACAAAAGUGACUCCAACAGUUGACACCCCACUUAAAAAAGAGGCUUCAUCUACUGAGAUCUCAAUUGACAACCAGAAACUUGACAACCAGAAACCUGCAAUUGUACAAAAGUCGGUGAAGCAACCAGCCACACCUACAACCAAGCAGAACGAGCCAGUUCAACCUUUACAGCAGCCAGAAAAUCAAAUGCCUGCGCGGGAACAGCCGGCUACACAGCCCCUGACACAAGUACAGCCUCAGGAAACUCUAAAGCCGGACCCUAAAUUCACUCUCCCAAAGCAGGAUCCUACAACACCAGCCAAUCCAGCACCUGCUCAGAAGUCAUCACAGAACCCAAGAACAUCAGAACUUCAGACACCACCACAGCAGCCCAGACUUCCCGGGCGGAGGCAGAGUAGUGCCAUCUUAGCCACACAGCAACCCCCCAAGCAGGACUCAGGAGGCUUAUUUGGCUUUGGUGGUCCCAAAUCUCAGUCUACCCCCUCAAAACCUGAAGAGUCAGUAUCUGGGAAGAUGUUUGGCUUUGGUUCCUCCAUCUUCAGCUCUGCAUCCACUUUGAUCACCUCAACUGUUCAGGAUGAGCCCCGCACCACACCGCCAGCUUCCCCCAAGGUGUCUGCACUUGCCCAGACGUCUCCCAAGAUGUCCCCUGCAAAAGAGACCAAACCGCCUGCUGCUCAAAAAGCAGAGAAGAAAGCAGAGCAACUCCAGCAUGCCAAGGUCCCCCCAUCAGUACAGGCCAAAGUGGACAAAUCCCCAUCAGAGCCUCCACAGGUAGUAGCAUCCUCCCAACCAGCUCCCAAAGCAGGCCAGUCCACCUGUCCACUCUGCAAGGUCAGACUCAACAAGGGCUUUAAGGACCCUCCCAACUACAACACCUGCACGGAAUGCAAGAACACAGUCUGCAACCUUUGUGGAUUCAACCCUAUGCCAGAUGAAACAGAGGUAAAGGAAUGGCUGUGUCUGACCUGCCAGAUGCAGAGAGCACUUGGAGGAAUGGAGCCCCCAGGACCUCCCAUGAUGAAACCCCAACCCUUGCCCACCAUAGUCUCUACACCUGUUGCACCUCAAAAGGAGAAUGUCACACCUGCUGCAUCUCAAAAGCCGUACCCAGCUCCAGCUAAAUCCCAGAAGGAGGAGAUCCCAGUACCUGUGGCUGCCCAAAAUGAGAUCACUCCACCCACUGUACCUCAGGAGACACCAAUUCCCACUGGAACCCCAGCACCAACUGCAGUCCAAAAUAAGGAGACCCCAGAACCAGGAUCCAUACAAAAUAAACAGGCUCCAUCUGCUGUGGCUGCGAAGGAGAACCAGGAAUCUAUAAUUGUUCCGAAACCAGUGGACUUACCAAUUCCAGCCAGACCCAAACCAAGUGGAGCUGCUACACCUGCACAGCAACCAGAAAAGCAAACUCCUCCACUGCAACAGCCUGCUACAAAGCAACCACCACAAGUACAACCCCAGCCAGCUCCAAAGCCAGACCCCAAAACUGCUCCCCUAAUGGAGCCAAUGACUCCUUCUUCAGAGAAAGAGAAGAAGACCCCAGUACCAGGGUCACCACAGAAGGAGGUAUCUCCAGCAGUGGCUUUACAGCAGGACCAUAAGCCAGUGGACAAACCGACUCCAACACUUGUCCAACAACCUCCACAACUGAAGAGUUCACAACAACAUGGACAGCCUCCGCAGCCCUCAGCAGAGGCACCAAAAUCAGAGCCUGAUAUAUCAAUAGUUGAAGCUUCUAAAUCAGCAGACACUCAAAAACCGGCAAGCCGAAUGCCUCCUCAGACGGCACCACAGGGGAACCGGAGAACAUCAGAACCUCAUAAACCACCACAGCAGCCUAGCCUUGGGCGUAGGCAGAGUAGUGCCAUCCCAGCCUCACAGCAACCCCUCAAACAGGAAUCAGGAGGCUUAUUUGGCUUUGGAGGUCCCAAAUCUCAGUCUGCCUCCUCAAAGCCUGAAGAGUCAGUGUCUGGGAAGAUGUUUGGUUUUGGCUCAUCCAUCUUCAGCUCUGCCUCCACUUUGAUAACCUCAGUUGUUCAGGAUGAGCACCGCACAACACCACCAGCUUCCCCCAAGAUGUCUGCACUGGCCCAGACCUCUCCCAAGAUGCCCCCUGCAAACGAGACCAAACCACCUGCUGCUCAGAAAGCAGAGGAGAAGAAAGCAGAGCAACUCCAGCAGGCCAAGGUCCCCCCAUUAGUACAGGCCAAAGUGGACAAGCCCCAAUCCGAGCCUCCAAAGGGAGCAGCAUCCUCCCAACCAGCUCCCAAUGCAGGCCAGUCCACCUGUCCACUCUGUAAGGCGGAACUCAACAAGGGCUCCAAGGACCCUCCCAACUACAACACCUGCACUGAAUGCAAGAACACUGUCUGCAACCUCUGUGGAUUUAACCCCAUGCCACAUGAAACAGUAAAGGAAUGGCUGUGUCUGACCUGCCAGAUGCAGAGAGCACUUGGAGGAAUGGAACCCCCAGGACCUCCCAUGAUGAAACCCCAACCCUUGCCCAGCAUAGUCUCUACACCUGUUGCACCUCAAAAGGAGAAUGUCACACCUGCUGCAUCUCAAAAGCCGUACCCAGCUCCAGCUAAACCCCAGAAGGAGGAGAUCCCAGUACCUGUGGCUGCCCAAAAAGAGAACACACCCACUGUACAUCAGGAGACACCAUUUCCCGCUGGAAACCCAGAAUCAACUGCAGUCAAAAAGGAGGAGACCCCAGCACUAGGAUCCACACAAAAUAAACAGGCUCCACCUGCUGUGGCUGCGAAGGAGAGUGAAGAACCUAUAAUUGUUCAGAAACCAGUGGACCAACCAAUUCCAGCCAGACCCAAAACCAGUGGAGCCGCUACACCUGCACAGCAACCAGAAAAGCAAACUCCUUCACUGCAACAGCCUGCUACAAAGCCACCACCACAAGUACAAACCCAGCCAGCUCCAAAGCCAGACUCCAAAACCGCUCCCCUAAUGGAGCCAAUGACUCCUUCUUCAGAGAAAGAGAAGAAGACCCCAACUCCAGGGUCACCACAGAAGGAGGUAUCUCCAGCAGUGGCUUCACAGCAGGACCAAACACAAGUGGACAAACCAACUCCAACCCCUGUCCAACAACCUCCACACCAGAAGACUCCACAACAACAAGAGCAACCUCCUCAGCCCCUAACAGUGGCACCGAAAGCAGAGGCCGGGAAGCCUCAACAACAGCUUCCAAAAGGUGGACCACCACCACCACCACAGGCCCAGCCCUCCAAGCAGGAGUCAGGAGGCUUCUUUGGAUUUGGUGGUGCUAAAUCUCAGCCUGCUCAGUCAAAGCCUGAAGACUCAGUGUCUGGGAAGAUGCUUGGAUUUGGCUCCUCCAUCUUCAGCUCUGCAUCCACUUUGAUCACCUCAGCUGUUCAAGAUGAGCACCGCACCAGACCUCCAGCUUCCCCCAAGGUGUCUGCAACUGUUGCGCCUCAACAGAUGGAGAAUCCCAGACCAGCUGGGCCCCAACAAGUGGCCCCUACAACAACCUCACCCAAAAAGGAGUCAAUGACUCGUGCUUUAGUGAAAGAGACCCCAGCACCAGGCUCGUCACAGAAGAAGGAGGUAUCCUCGACAGUGGUUUGCCAGCAGGACCAUAAGCCAGUGGACAAACCGACUCCAACACUUGUCCAACAACCUCCACAACAGAAGACUCCACAACAACAAGGACAGCCUAAGCAGCCCUCAGCAGAGGCACCAAAAUCAGAGCCUGACAUAUCAAUAGUUGAAGCUGCUAAAGCAGCAGACACUCAAAAACUGGCAAGCCCAGUGCCUGCUCAGAAGGCUCCACUGGAAAACCGGAGAACAUCAGAACCUCAUAAACCACCACAGCAGCCUAGCCCUGGGCGUAGGCAGAGUAGUGCCAUCCCAGCCACACAGCAACCCCCUGAGGAGUCAGGAGGCUUAUUUGGCUUUGGAGGUCCCAAAUCUCAGUCUGCCUCCUCAAAGCCUGAAGAGUCAGUGUCUGGGAAGAUGUUUGGCUUUUUCAGCUCUGCCUCCACUUUGAUAACCUCAGUUGUUCAGGAUGAUCCCCGCACCACACCGCCAGCUUCCCCCAAGAUGUCUGCACUGGCCCAGACAUCUCCCAAGAUGCCCCCUGCAAAAACGAGACCAAACCACCUGCUGCUCAGAAAGCAGAGGAGAAGAAAGCAGAGCAACUCCAGCAGGCCAAGGUCCCCCCAUCAGUACAGGCCAAAGUGGACAAGCCCCAAUCCGAGCCUCCAAAGGGAGCAGCAUCCUCCCAACCAGCUCCCAAAGCAGGCCAGUCCACCUGUCCACUCUGUAAGGUGGAACUCAACAAGGGCUCCAAGGACCCUCCCAACUACAACACCUGCACUGAAUGCAAGAACGCUGUCUGCAACCUCUGUGGAUUUAACCCCAUGCCACAGGAAACAUGUUGAACUACAUGUAAAGGAAUGGCUGUGUCUGACCUGCCAGAUGCAGAGAGCACUUGGAGGAAUGGAACCCCCAGGACCUCCCAUGAUGAAACCCCAUCCCUUGCCCACCAUAGUCUCUACACCUGUUGCACCUCAAAAGCCGUACCCAGCUCCAGCUAAAUCCCAGAAGGAGGAGAUCCCAGUACCUGUGGCUGCCCAAAAUGAGAUCACUCCACCCACUGUACCUCAGGAGACACCAAUUCCCACUGGAACCCCAGCACCAACUGCAGUCCAAAAUAAGGAGACCCCAGAACCAGGAUCCAUACAAAAUAAACAGGCUCCAUCUGCUGUGGCUGCGAAGGAGAACCAGGAAUCUAUAAUUGUUCCGAAACCAGUGGACCAACCAAUUCCAGCCAGACCCAAACCCAGUAGAGCUGUUAUACCUGCACAGCAGCCAGAAAAGCAAACUCCUUCACUGCAACAACCUGCUACAAAGCAACCACCACAAGUACAAACCCAGCCAGCUCCAAAGCCAGACCCCAAAACUGCUCCCCUCAAGCAGGAGCCUGGAAAGCUUCCACAACAGCUUCCAAAAGGAGUUACCUCUCCUGCCAAAGCUGUACCAGAACCACAUGCCCAGCCCACCAAGCAGUCAGGGGGCUUCUUUGGCUUUGGUGGUGCUAAAUCUCAGCCAAAGCCUGAAGAAUCAGUAUCUGGGAAGAUGUUUGGCUUUGGCUCCUCUAUCUUCAGCUCUGCAUCUACUUUGAUCACCUCAGCUGUUGAGGACAAACCACUCACCCCACCGCCAGCUUCCCCCAAGGUGUCUGCAGCAGCCCAGGCCUCUCCCAAGAUGCCCCCUGCAAAGGAGACCAAACCACCUACUGCUCAGAAAGCAGAGGAGAAGAAAGCAGAGCAACUCCAGCAGGCCAAGGUCCCCCCAUCAGUACAGGCCAAAGUGGACAAGCCCCAAUCCGAGCCUCCAAAGGGAGCAGCAUCCUCCCAACCAGCUCCCAUAGCAGGCCAGUCCACCUGUCCACUCUGUAAGGUGGAACUCAACAAGGGAUCCAAGGACCCUCCCAACUACAACACCUGCACUGAAUGCAAGAACACUGUCUGUAAUCUCUGUGGAUUUAACCCCAUGACACAUGAAACAGAGAAGGAAUGGCUGUGUCUGAACUGCCAGACCCAGAGGGCUCUGUCUGGACAACUUGGAGACAUGGGAAAGAUGGCCCAGCCUCAACCCACCAAGACCCAGGCCCAGCCCACACCACUCCCUGCAGUCGCAACCACCAAGACAGAGCCCCAGCCACCAGCAGCAGCAAGAACCAAGGCCCAGCCUUUCCCUAAAACACAGCCCCCAUCCCAGACUGUGCCUCUCACCUCAGUGCCCACUCUACCUACACCAACACCUGCCCUUGCACAUAAGGAGCUGGAACCAAAGGUGAAAGUACCCAAGGCUGAAGCUCCCGUAACGGUCGCCAAGGCUGAGGCUCCUGAGACGGAAGUCCCUAAGGUGGAGAUCGCCAAGACAGAGGCACCAAAAAUGGAGCCUUCUGUGGCAGAGGGUCCUAAGGCUGUGCUGCCUAAACAUGUACCACCUAAAUAUGAACCACCCAAAACUGAGGCUCCAGCAGUAGCUGCUCCUGUUGCCUCUGUCCUAGUGACUGAGACCAUGACUGCUCCUGCUCCUCGAUCCACCACAGUGGCUACGGCCGUUGCUGUCACUCCAGCCACUGUGGAGGAGAAACCAGAGGCUGAGGCUCAACCAGCAGAGCUACCUAAACCAGCAGAGGAGAUGGUUGAGAAGCCACAGAAACAACAGGAACCACUGCCUGUUGCAGAGGCCGAGAGGGUAACUCCACAACUAGUCCAAACUGAUACUAUCAAGGAAGUGGCCACUCCAUUGGUUGACAAGAUGGAUGAUGUCCUUCCUGAACCUCAGCAGAUACUCACUGAGAAGAAGACUGUGAAGAAGAAGGAGAAGGAGCCGACUGCAGCCUCCCUCCUAACAGACCAGGUAGUAGUUGAGGUACCAUCCAGCCCAGCCAGUCCAUUUGAGUCUGACAUCAAGCCUGAGGACAAUAGUGACAAGUCCCAGGAUGGACCAUACAUACUUCCCAUCUCACAGGGCUCCUACACCUCUGAGGGCGAGCUGAAGGAGGUGCAGAUAGUCAGAGAUGUCCCUAUGAUGGACACAAUCCCUGACACAGCCAUCCCUGCCAAGGAGGAGGUGAAUGGGGCAAAGAGGCGUCUGAGUUAUGUUCCGAUGGAGGAGAGCAGCGGGAGCGAACCCUCUCCCUCGCCCAAGCUCCAGAGACGGAAGUUAAGUGCGAUAGCGGUCAGCACGGCAGCCUCGUCCAGCAGCGAGGACUACAAAGAUGAAAGCCCUGCAGACAGCCCUCCAGACAGCCCAGACUCAUUUGUGAACGAGGAGGAGUUAAUCCGCAGGCAGAUCAUGGGAAUGAUGGGAGAGGAGGAGAUGUCUCUCUCAGAGGAGGAGGAAAAAGAGGAGAAAGGGAGCAGAGAGGAGGAGACCAAUGAUGUUGUGGUGGAUAACGCAUCAUGUAAAGCCAAGCCUCUGUUAAAAAAAGGCAGUAUGGAUGAUGAAGACAGCCCAGCCAGGAGACAAUCUCUCCCAGGGUCUGAGCCAAAAUCCAUUGUAGAGAGUGCUGAACUCACUGAGCAAACCACUGUGUAUAAGAAAGCCAUGACACCGCAGAGAACAAAGAGCAUGGACGAUGGGGAUUCAGAGGUGGAGAGCAUCACAUAUUCUCUGGAGGACAGGUCAAAAGGUGAGGGGUCAUCCAGCGUCCAGGUGUCCAGCUUCACCCCUGGAACCUCCCCCACCUCAGCCUCUUCUCUGGAGGAGGACAGCGACAGCAGCCCCAGCCACAAGAGGAGCGGGGAGGGGAAACAGCCCCGCAAGGCCAAGCACAGGCAUGCCGGCCAGCCAUUCCCCACCAUCGAGGACUCGUCAGAGGAGGAGGAGCUCAGGGAGGAGGAGGAUCACCUCAGGGAGCAGGACAAACCGAAGGAAUCGGACCAGCAGCAGGGGAAGAGGAGCUCCAAGAAGUCCAAGAGGGAAAAAGAUGAUCUCCGGGCUCAGAGGAGAAGGGAUCUGCCUCUAACCUCACCCAGUAACCUAUCUCCCAUUGAGGAUGCCUCGCCCACUGAGGAGGCAAGGCAUACUAGAGAGAUGGAAGCGCUUCACAGGACCUCAGUUUCUGACUAUUUUCCUAGCAUGGAGUCUGAUUCAGACGCCUUUCAUAUGGAGACCAGGAUAGUUGUCCCUAAAGAACAGAAGUUCAGUUCAGCAAAGCCACAAAAGAGUGCAGAGGAUGAAUAUGAGGAGAUGCUUCAGAUAGCUAGAUCUCCUAAAGGAGAGACAGAGCCAUUCCCUGAGAUAGAGCUACUUUACGAAGGCAUGGCCAUAGAGGACUACCUCUACGAAUCCCUAGUGGAGGAGCCUGAAGCUAAACGUAGUUCAGCCCUACCGGAGCAGCCCAGUAAAGACCCUGCUAAAGAGCCAGGGAAGAAAGGUUUGAGGUCUCCUGAAGAGGUGUAUGAGGAGAUGAUGCUGAAGAAGAAGGAACUGAUGUUGAUAGAGCAGGAGUUUCAGAAGGUUCAGUCAGCUAUCAACACUCCUAAUCCUGCGAUACAUGUUACUGCACCAUCCUCUGCUGCAGCUGAGAGCUGCAAAGUUGGUGAGGCCAAGGGGGAGAAGCCUAUGUUAGAUGCUGGUUCUACCUACGUUAAGAGGAAGAAACGUCCUGCUCCACCACGGCCCUCUGAACCUCCUAAACGGCCAACAGUUCCUCAGGAUAUGACUAUGAGGAGGGCUCUUUUCCCCAUACCGGACUUGAAGAUCACCCAGUGUUCCUCUGGAGAGGAUGAGACGGAUGAUAGUCUAAUAGAGGAGUAUGGAGUGGGAGUGUCCUCUGAUAUUACCCCUAGUGAUGAGUCUGAGACACCAACAACAGAGGUAGCUGACAUUGAACCCAUCACUUUGUUGUGUGAGGUUUCCUCGGCUAAAGCUACUUCAGCUCCUCUCUUUGCCCCUGAGAAAGUUCUAGCCCCCAGUACGACCACCACACCAUCACAGGUCUCUCCAGUAUCCCUGCCAACCUCACCAGCGACUCCAGACUCAAGUCUAGGCUCCAACGCUACGUCCUCCACCUCGUUCCAAGCUCAAAGUCCUCUCUCUUCUGACUCUACUGCAGUGUGUACUCCGACACCAGACCUGGCCAAAGCAGCAGCUCCCUUUGCAGCUCAGCCGCCUGCUGAUAUCGCCCCUCCUUCUAUCGCUCCCAUUAUGGCUGUUUCUCCAAGUUCAGUUUUGGUCACAAUACCAGAUCUGGUGACAGAUCCAACCCAAGCACCAACACCAGCUACAACUACAGCCGAUGCUACAGCUUCUCCAGCCCAAGCCCCAGCUCCUGCCUCAACCCCUGUCUCAGCACCUGCCUCAGUGAUAGUACAGAUACCUGAUCCAGUUGUAGUCCAAAUGCCAGACCUGGUUACAUCUCCAUCCCAGAUGUCUGCUCAGGUUCUACCUUCUGUGCAGGUCACAGCACCAACUCCAGUACCAUACCCAGUACCUUCUCAAGCCCCAUCUCCAGUCCCAGCUGCUCCCAGUGCAGUGCCAACUCCGGCUUCAGUCUCUGCUCCAACUCCUGCCCCAGCUCCAGUUGUAGUCCAAAUGCCAGACCUGCUUACCAUCACCUCUCCAGUUUCACCCCAAGGCCCACUACCUGUGUUAGCCUCAGCUCCUGCCCAGGCUACAGUGGUGCAUUCAGUCCCUGUCCAGGCUGCAGCUCCAACCCCAGUAGUAGUCCCAGCUGCAGGGACACGCCGAAUCCAGAGACAAGCCUCCACCAAAAAAGCCCCACCUCCUCCUCCACCUCGCUCUACGUCAGUCUCCUUGCCCCAGACCUCAGCAGAGCCUACGUCAAUCAGGGCUGUCCAACAUGUCUCCCCGACCAUGACCACCGCUAUAGCCAUUGGAGCAGGUCUGCCUAGCCAGCCCAUACAGUCUGUGGUGGUGGAUAUACAGCCGCGGGUGGAGCAGAUCGUGUCAGAGGGUGGUGCUGGCCCUCAGGUCAUGAUGACCCCAACCAGACAGGGGCAUGUGGUCAUCAUAGUUCCGAACGUGGAGAACAUGCCGGUGAUCAGCCAGACGACCCAAGACCCUGUGGCAUACUCAGUGGCAAUAACUACCACCUCUGCUGUUGAUAAAGGCAGAAGUCAGAUGGCAGCAGGGCCUGUGGUUGUGAGUGUUGCUCCUUUCCCUACUGCUCCCUCUGUUCCUGCUGUACCCAGCUCAGACACAUGUAUACCUGUGGCAGAUACACCACCACCUCCACCUCCUCCCACUGCUCCACCACCUCCUGCCACCUUACCCAAGCCAGUGGUUUAUCCCAAAAAGCCUUCAGUUUCCAUCCCACCUUCAGUCCCAACUACAGUGCCAGUCUCAACUGCUGUUACAAUAGCACAGGCAACUGUAACAACCACAGGCCCCAGUCCGGUACACAAGGCCUCUGCACCCCCUCCAGUCCCCCCCAAGCCUGUGUCCAUCCCUGCAGGGCUGGUGUUCAGCCACCGUCCAGGGGAGAGCAUCAAACCUCCAGUGGUUCCCACCACUAGCCGUACACUUCCCAGGACCAGAGAAGUGGUACCAAACGCCAGCAUAGCACAGCCAUUCACAGCCACAACACUGCCCAGGACCAGAGAACCUCCCAAUGCCCUGUAUUUGAGUCUGACCACCCCAGUGGAGCCCAAGAUGAGUGCUACCUCGCCCAGGUCCCCUCUGUCUCCGAGGUACGCCAAUUGUUUGGAAACAUAUGUGGUGAUAACACUUCCCUCAGAGCCUGGCACACCCACAGAGGGCAUCACUGUCCAAGCCCCCAUCAGGAGAGGGUCCAUCCCCUCCACUAUGCAGACAGGCCCAAGGGUUAGGACCACACCAUCAGAACAACAGUCACCCAUUGAGGCCUUCUCAGCCCAGACCACUGUCAGGAGAGCAUCAGUUCCCUCAUUGAGGCAGCCACCACCACCAACAGCAGCAAUAGUACCAGUCGAAGUAGCAACACCCCUAGAGGGAGUCACUGCAACAGCAAGGCGGCCUUCCAUACCAUCAGCUAUGCAGCCUCCACACGGUGUGGCUGAGGUGGUGACCAUUUCAGCAGGGUCGGAGAGGCCUAUUCAGGUACACAGUGUCCCAGCUCCAAUCAAGAAACCGUAUAUACCUCCAACAGACCAGUCACCACAGAAAGUGACUGAGGUUAGGACAAUGCCAUCAGAGCCACAGGUUUCUGUAGAAGUGUCUGCAGCUCAAGCUUAUGGUAGAAGGGCAUCAAUACCUGCUGUACCUCAGCAGCCACAAUAUGUGGCUGAAGUAAUGGCUUUACCAGCAGAGCAGGACAUACCUACAGAGGUGGUUUCAACGGAGGCCAUGUCUGGAAGAGCAUCAAUACCAUCAGAAAUGCAGCAACCACAAACCAUGGGAGAGUUAAUAGCAAUGCCCUUAGAAGCUAUGCCCCCAACCAUCCAUCAGUCAGCAUCACUGACAGAGGUGGUUUCAACUGAGGCUAUCUCUAGAACAGCAUCAAUACCAUCAGAAAUGCAGCAACCACAAACCAUGGCAGAGGUAAUGCCAUUGCAGCAGGAGAUACCUAUCGAAGCUCUCGCCAGCCAAGUCUAUGUAGAAGCUACACCCUCAACCAUGCAUCAGUCACCAUCACUGAUAGAGGUGGUUUCAACUGAGGCCAUCUUUAGAACAGCAUCAAUACCAUCAGAAAUGCAACAACCACAAAUCAUGGGAGAGGUAAUGCCAUUACAGCAGGAUAUACAUACCGAAGCUAUCGCCAGCCAAGUCCAUGUAGAAGCUACACCCUCAACCAUGCAUCAGUCACCAUCACUGAUAGAAGUGGUUUCAACUGAGGCCAUCUCUAGGAGAGCAUCAAUACCAUCACCAAUGCAGCAGGCACAAACCAUGGCAGAGGUAGCAGCAAUUCCCUUACAGCAGGAGAUACCUAUCGAAGCUAUCGCCAGCCAAGUCCAUAUAGAAGCUUCACCCUCAACCAUGCAUCAGUCCCCAUCACUGAUAGAGGUGGUUUCAACUGAGGCCAUCUUUAGAACAGCAUCAAUACCAUCAGAAAUGCAACAACCACAAAUCAUGGGAGAGGUAAUGCCAUUACAGCAGGAUAAACAUACCGAAGCUAUCGCCAGCCAGGUCCAUGUAGAAGCUACACCCUCAACCAUGCAUCAGUCACCAUCACUGAUAGAAGUGGUUUCAACUGAGGCCAUCUCUAGGAGAGCAUCAAUACCAUCACCAAUGCAGCAGUCACAAACCAUGGCAGAGGUAGCAGCAAUUCCCUUACAGCAGGAGAUACCUAUCGAAGCUAUCGCCAGCCAAGUCCAUAUAGAAGCUUCACCCUCAACCAUGCAUCAGUCCCCAUCACUGAUAGAGGUGGUUUCAACUGAGGCCAUCUUUAGAACAGCAUCAAUACCAUCAGAAAUGCAACAACCACAAAUCAUGGGAGAGGUAAUGCCAUUACAGCAGGAAAUACAUACCGAAGCUAUCGCCAGCCAGGUCCAUGUAGAAGCUACACCCUCAACCAUGCAUCAGUCACCAUCACUGAUAGAAGUGGUUUCAACUGAGGCCAUCUCUAGGAGAGCAUCAAUACCAUCACCAAUGCAGCAGCCACAAACCAUGGCAGGGGUAGCAGCAAUGCCCUUACAGCAGGAGAUAUCAUCAAUACCAUCAGCUGCACUGCAACCACAAGCAGUGGCCGAAGUGAUGACUUUGCCUUCAGAGUAUGAAAUGCCUACGGAAGUUAUAACAACUGAGGCCACUACCACUAGAAGGACAUCCAUAUACUCUGUAGCACAACAACCAUACACUGUUGCUGAAGUAACGGCUUACCCAUCAGAAUAUGAAACACCCAUCCAGGUGGUUACAACUGAGGCUAUUUCCACUACAAGAAGAGCGUCUAUAACCAUGCAGCAACCCCUAAGUAUGGCCCAUGUUAUCACAAUACCUGCAGAGACAGAGAUACCUGUAGAGGCAUAUGCUGCCCAAGUCCCAUACAGGAGAGGAUCCAUCCUCUCAGCAGUGCAACCACCACAGGCAGUAUCAGAAGUGCUGACUUAUUCAUCAGAGUAUGAGACCCCCCUGGAGUUCAUUACAACUGAAGCCUACACCAGGAGAAUGUCAGUUCCAUCUAUCCAGGAAAUUCCCCAGACCGUCCCGGUGGCUCCAGUCACCAUCACCAGGAAGUUCCACCAGGAGUCAAUCGAGAGCCAGGAGAUCCGUGGGCCUGAGAAGGUGGUGUCCAGCCUGAGCCACAUGUACUCCUCAUCUAUCUCCACCUCAACCCAGCCCCCAGAGUGCCUGCCCAGCCUGGUCACUCAGGUGGUCACCACUGAGGUUCAGAGAACCACUGUGUCUGUGGUCCAUGAGAGGCUGGCCCAGGUUCCUGCAUCCAAUGGAGUGGCCAUCACCAUCCAGCCAGACCUGGUUAAAGUCCAGCCCUCUCCCAAACAGAACGGGAAGAUCUACUCCGGUGAUGCCAUUGACCUCCGCACCAUUAAGGUCGGUGUGAAGAUGACCGAUUCAGGGAUGGAUUUGACACCCCAGGAAUCGAGUCGCCAAUCCAUCUGUAGCGACUCUAGUGGCCGACAUACGGCAGUGCAGCCAGAGAUAGUAAACCUGAGUGCUGAGAUCACACCUUCCACCACGCUGUCUGUUGUCACUGAUAGCAUCACUAUCGUCACCUGUUCAGCCACCAUUGCCUCCUACACCAACGAGCCAGCAGAAAAGCCUUUAGAUCUGCAGGGUUAUGUUGCCUCCAUGCCUCUCCCUCUUACCACAUACAAACCAUUCGAGCCUCUGGCACAAAUAGUGUACAGACGGGUGGACUCUUCGCCUAUCGUCAACACGGUGGCAGCCACAGACACAGAGACACCAAUCAACCUGUCCUAUGGAGCCUUCAUGGUAAAUAGCAGGCUUCCAGUGACCAUGGCCCCAGCUAUCACCAACGUGGGGGCCAUGCUCUCAGAGCCAGCUGGAGCUGUGGAUCUGUCCUCCUCCAGACCCCUCAGGGCCAUGGUGGCUGUGUCCGGCAAGAGCCCUGAUGUAGUGACCACGGUCAUAGAGGAUGAUGGGACACCCAUAGAUCUGACAGCUGGGAGGAAUAUGUGCUGUGAUGUCAUCUACAAGCUACCUUUCACAGGGAGCUGUAGGACCCAGCCGCCAGUUAUUACCCAGCCUGAUAAUCGCUUUGGCUACAGAGACGACCACUACCAGUAUGAUCAUGCUGGGGUUUAUGGCAUCAAGGGCCUGAACGGCAAAUCCAUGUCUGAGACCAACCUGGCUGAUGCAGGACUGUUCCUCUAUGAUGGAAUGACCAGAUAUGACUAUAACGGAGCCUCGGACAGUGCAAUAGACCUGACAGCUGCUAAUAUGUCUGCAGGUGAAGCUCUAGACUACACCAGUAAAGCUGCUGGGGCGUAUACGGGAAUAUCCACUGCUCCAUAUUCCCAGGUCCCUGCUUAUAGUGUCUUUAGAUCCUCAGACGGAAUGGUAUACUCCUCCAUAGCAGCCCCUGUUCCUUCUACAUACACCAUCACCACCCAGCCACGGUCCAUCUUCAGCACCACCCUACCUCCUACCACAACCCUCCAGGAGCAGCCAGCGCCAGCUCCACACCCCUAUGGCUUUAUCCCCACCAGUGACCCUGGCCAACAGAUCAUCAGCCUGGACACUGGCCUGCCCAAGGACCUGCUGCCCAGCGCUCUGGCUGACAUCAUGACUGGCUUCCCUGACCUGUACUCUGACCAGACCCUGGAGGCCAUAGCAGCCUCUCUGGACGCCCUGGCUUCAUCGCCUAUGUUCCCAGGUCUGGAUGACAGCAAGAUCACCCAGUACCAGAUGGAGAGGGAGUUCCUGGAGCUGGAGAAGCUGAAGCAGCUGUGUCUGGCUGAGGAGCUGGAGUGGGAGAGACAGGAGAUCCAGCGCUACCGUGAACAGGAGCAGAUCAUGGUGCAGAGGGAGCUGGAAGAGCUACAGGCUCUGAAAAAGCAGCUGUUAAUGCAACAGGAAGAGGAGCACCAGGCCCAACUUGUAGCCCAGCAAGAGACCUACAACCAGCAGAGGCAACAGCUAGAGCAGAUCCAACAGCUCCAGGUGCAGCUACAGCACCAAUUAGAGGAGCACUACAGUACUACAGGGUCAGACAACCUGCAAUUAGAGGAGCAGUAUGCAGGGGUUGGGGAUAACGGCCAAUACUGGCCUGUUAGGGAUGAGUCCACCACCUCAUCCACUGUCACCCAGCUAGAGGGUGGGGUGCAGUAUGGGACCAGCGAGGGUCAGAGAGAGGUUGGAGGUCAGGACCAGCUGCAGCUCAGUAGGAAACAACUAGCAGGGUCUAACCAGCCUGGUGACCAGGGGUAUGGUACAGGAGUGGUAGGGAAGAGGAUAGUGGACAGUGGGGUCCAGACAGACGAUGAGGACUCAGUAGACAGGAUGUAUGUAGGGAGGAGGAAGAGGAACAACAGGAGGGGUGUAGACAGCAGUGUUCAGACUGAUGAUGAGGAGGACCAGGAGGAUGAGUGGGACAUGCCAGCCAGGUCGCGGCGGCGCUCCCGCUCCAGUAAGCACAGCGGUGAGGGGAAACACGGCGGCUCUAAGGUCUCCAGCAUUGCCAUACAGACUGUGGCAGAGAUCUCUGUCCAGACCGACCACUCCGGGAGCAUCAAACGCCCCAGCAUCCAGAUGGACACUAAGGUGGAGAUCAUCAAACACAUCUCAGCCCCAGAGAACUCUCAGAGAGGAGGCAGUCUCAGCUGCCAGACAGACACAGACCGGAGGCGCUACUCACCGGUAGAGAUGGGCUACAGUGCCUACCUGAAGGCAGACAUCGCCCCCAAGUCCCCCAAGGAGCUCUACACCCCUGUGUCCCCCGUCUCCUCCAGUAAGGCCAUAGAGGGAGGGCAGAAGAUGCUGACCGCUGACCCGACCAGGUUUUCCUCCAGCCCUAGGAUGCUGAAGCCUGGACAAUAUUCUAUGUCUGACCCUAAGUCUGUCAGCCACACAACCGAGGACAGGAUAGGCUACCACUACUCAGACAGCUACUCUGGCCAGGGCUCUUCGUCAGGCACGGGAAAGAAGGUGAAGAGGACCCUUCCCAACCCACCCCCUGAAGAUGACCCUCUGACUGGCCCGUCAGGUUACAGCACCAACUCAGCCCGUCGCCGGCUUGGCCGUCACACCACCAUGGCCCGGGCCAAGAUCCUGCAGGACAUUGACAAGGAGCUGGACCUGGUGGAGAGAGAGUCAUCCAAGCUCCGCAGGAAACAGGCCGAGCUAGAUGAGGAGGAGAAAGAGAUUGAUGCCAAGCUGAGGUACCUUGAGAUGGGCAUCAACCGUCGUAAGGAUGCCCUACUGCAGGAGAGGGAGAAGAGGGAGAGGGCCUACCUGCAGGGUGUGGCUGAGGAGAGAGACUACAUGUCGGACAGUGAGGUCAGCAACAUCAGGGAGACCAGAGGGAGCAACCUCGGCCUGGAGAGACCCAGGACAGCUCCCCAGUCAGAGUUUGACCAGUUCAUCCCCCCUCAGACUGAGGCUGACUCUCAGUACUCCACUCUGACCAGUCCCUACUCCCACUACACCCAGUAUGCCCCCCAGACCCAGGCCACCAGCCAGUACCCCCAGAAGACCCUGUACCAGCAGCAGGCCCUGUACCAGCAGCACCCCUACCAGAGUCAGUCAGUCUACUCCUCUGUGCCCAGCCUGUCCUACCCCCAGGCCUCCCACUCCCACCAGCAGGCCCAGUCCUUAGGCUACCAGUCCAAGAACACCACCAACUACGAGGUGAUCCGGAACCAGCCCAUCAUCAUUGUACCCUCCUCCAGCGAGGUUGGGUAUGGGGUGGGGAAGUACGACAGCCUGGAACUAAGGAUGGGCCUGGAGGAGAGGAGCAUGGCCUCCAGCCCCAUGUCUAAUAUAUCUACUGAGUCCUUCUACGCUGACAUCGACCACCACAACGCCAGGAACUAUGUUCUGAUAGAGGACAUAGAGCAGCUGACUAAAGGCUCUGCAGGACUUGGGUCAGGGUUCAGUCUGCCUGAUAAGGACCUGUCCAAGGCUGACAGGCUGCUCCGGGCCGCUGAGGCCAGGCGCACUGCAGAGGUGGCUGCGUUCCUGGGUAACUCGCGUCUCCACAGUUACGGUAAAGUAGAGGAGGACUCUAUGGAAGAGCCCUAUGAACUGAAGCUCCUGAAGCAACAGAUAAAGCAGGAGUUUAGACGAGGGACGGAGGGUCUGGAGCACCUCUCAGGCCUGGGAAUGCCUCAGUACCUCUCCACUGACCCAACCUUCAGACACUUCCCUAAGGCUGAGAAGUACAGCAUCAGCCGGCUGACCCUGGAGAAACAGGCUGCCAAGCAGCUUCCUGCUGCCGUGCUCUACCAGAAACAGAUCAAGAACCAGAAGAAGGCAGCCCUGAUGGACCCCAAGAUAACCAAGUUCUCCCCCAUCCAGGAGAGCAGAGACCUGGAGCCAGACUACAGCAGCUUCCUGGGCUCUGGAGCCUCAUCAGUCACCAACCUGUCCACACGAGCCAGACUGCUCCAGGAUGAGAUCAACUUUGGCCUGAAGAAGAACCUGUCUGACCAGCAGAAGUACCUGGGCUCCUCCCUGGGAGCUAACCUUGCUGGCUCUCUGAGCCAGUCCCUUGGCCUGGGGGGACCCACCAUGAGGUCCACCCUACAGGAUGACACCACCUACCCCAGCUGCACGCGCUCUCGCCCCUCCUCACGACCCAACUCCCGCCCCACUUCUGUCUACGGCCUGGAUCUGUCCAUCAAACGGGAUCUGUCCAGCUCCUCUCUCAGGCUGAGGAGCGAGGGAGAAGCCCUGGAUGCAGCGUUCGGCUCCGGGGUGGCCAGGACCAAGCCCACCAGCCUGCCCAUCGGGCGCAUCCCCAUCGUGGCUCAGAACUCGGAAGAGGAGAGCCCUCUGAGCCCGGUGGGAGAGCCCAUGGGCAUGGCCAGAGCCUCAGCCGGCCCUCUACCACCUAUCUCAGCUGACUCCAGAGACCAGUUUGGCUCCAGCCACUCCCUUCCGGAGGUCCAGCAGCACAUGAGGGAGGAGUCCAGGGCUACACAAGGACAUAGUGGGGUCUAUGACAGAGACAUAGCCUUCAUCAUGGACGACCUGGGGGGAGCGAUGUCUGACAGCGAAGCAUACCACCUGAGGAGGGAGGACACUGACUGGUUUGACAAGCCUGCAGAGAGACAACAUCGGGUAAACGGACAAGCUCUGGACAGGAGACAGAUGAAGUUGAUUCCCUAUGUGUACCCUCAUACCCGGAUCAAAGUUCAGAGAGACCCCAAGGACACCAGCGUUUCAGGGAAUGGCCUGGGGAUCCGUGUGGUGGGAGGGAAAGAGAUUCCUGGGAGUCGUGGUGAGAUAGGAGCUUACAUUGCCAAGGUUACGCUCGGAGGAGUGGCCGAACAGACAGGGAAAGUGGUGGAAGGAAUGCAGGUGUUGGAGUGGAACGGGGUUCCCCUGAUGGGGAAGACCUACGAGGAGGUGCAGUGCAUUAUGGGUCAGCCAUGUGCCGAGGCAGAGCUCUGUGUCAGACUUGAUCUGAACAUGCUGUCUGACCCUGAUCACCCCCAGGCCCUAGAGAACCACGCCCAGCUGAAGCCUGGUGACAGGCAGCGUUCUCCAGGAGUGGACCCUAAGCAGCUGGCUGCAGAGCUGCAGAAGGUGUCCCAACAACAGGGCCCUGGGAUGGGGGUGGGGGUGGGGGGGCCAGGAGGGGUAGGGGUCCUUUCUGCCCUGGACCGCUCAGAUCUGUUACACUCAGGCAAUGCAUCGGCCAGCUCUAGUGCCGUCCCCAGCCCUGGCCAGCCUGCCUCCCCAGCCAUCAACAAGAAACAACGCCACAGCGCCAAGUCAACAGCAGACGUGCAACUGCUGAAGCCUCAGCCUCAUCCUAUAAAAGGGGAAAUACAGCUCCAGAUCCACUAUGACAGGAACCUGGGGAACCUGAUAGUGCAUGUCCUCCAGGCCAGGAACCUUGCUCAGAGAGACCCCAAAGAAUACUCUGACCCCUUUGUCAAGGUCUACCUCCUACCAGGGAGAGGACAAGUCAUGGUAGUCCAGAACGCAAGUGCUGAGAACAAGAGGAGGACCAAGUACGUCCAGAGGAGUCUGAACCCAGAGUGGAACCAGACCGUCAUCUACAAGAACAUACACCUGGAACAGCUAAAGAAAAAGACUCUGGAGGUGACAGUGUGGGAUUAUGACAGAUCUUCCUCCAAUGACUUCCUGGGAGAAGUGUUGAUAGAUCUGUCUAACACGUCCCAGCUGGACAACACUCCUCGCUGGCUGCCUCUGAAGGAGCAGAGUGAGAGCAUCGAGCACAGCAGAACCCACCACACCGCCCAUGGGCCUGGGGGGCCAGGAGCAGGGGCAGGGCCGGGACAGGGGCCCAUAGCGGGGCAAGGACCAGGACAGGGCAUGGGGCCAGGGAUGGGCCAAGGACAGGGACAGGGGCAGGGACAGAUGGGGGAGUGCCAUGAGUCCCCCAAGAACUCUGUGAUAAAGAGCAGGAGCCACGGGAUCUUCCCUGACCCAGCAAAAGACAUGCAGAUGGUGACUCUAGAGAAGUCCCACAGUAGUCCAGGCAGCUCUAAGUCGUCUUCAGAUGGCCAGCUUCGUUCCCACGGUCCCUCCCGCAGCCAGAGCAAGAGCAGCGUCACGCAAGCCCACCUGGAGGAUGCUGGGAUAGCUAUAGCUGCCGCCGAGGCCGCCGUGCAACAGUCCCGCCUCCUACCAAGACCGGGCCACAGGUUAGGGGAUGUGUCGGGGCCGGUGGUGUCCUCAGCCCCCAGUCUGGUGGAGGGGUAUGGGGGUCUGGAUGGAGAAGAGGGGGCUGGCACAGGGGUGGACAGUGCCAUCUUCCAGGUCCCACGAAUAGGGAAGAUCAUCCCCAACGGUCCUGACAAGUCAAGAGGACUGCCACUCUCGCUAUCAGACAGUGAGGGGGGUGGGGGUAAGACCCAGGUGAUGGGGGAGAUCAAGGUGGCUCUGAAGAAGGAGGUGAAACAAGAGGGAGACCAGCUGGUCCUGGAGGUCCUACAGUGUAGAAACAUCACUUACAAAUUCAAGAGCCCAGACCACCUACCAGAUCUCUAUGUGAAGCUGUACGUGGUGAACGUGGCGACUCAGAAGAGGAUCAUCAAGAAGAAGACCAGAGUGUGUCGUCACGACAGAGAACCCUCCUUCAACGAGACCUUUAGGUUCAGCCUCAACCCCACCGGACACUCCCUGCAGUUGUUCCUGGUGUCUAACGGGGGUAAGUUUAUGAAGAAGACCCUGAUAGGAGAGGCCUACAUCUGGCUGGACAAGGUGGACAUGAGGAAGAGGGUGGUCAGCUGGCACAAGCUGCUGGUCAGCUCCACACACAGCCAGUCAUGAGAGGUCAACUUGAGAGGACACAGAGGGGUCAACCAGAGGUCAGUGAAGGUCAAUGAAUACUCUUGGUCAAUAGCUGUUCUUAGUCAAGACGAGGAGGAGGAGGAGGAGGAGGAGUUGAGUUACACAGUUCCCUUCAUCUCCUUUGUGUUAUUCUAUAUGGAAAGAAGAGCGAGGGGGAGGAGAAGAAGAGAUAAGAGGGAAGGAAGAGGGGUUGCGGGUACGGACAUGCCCAAAAAGAACUGAUCCUCCUAUUCCCUCUCCCACUGCCAUACAUGGUCUGUACCCUGAUUCUUAAUUGGACCAAAGAUUAUCAGAGACUGUACCCUGAUUGGAUAGACUGCCAGCACACACACCGAGGAAUGAAGAAGUCCUCCGCUGUAAGAGGACAUACAUAUCUCACCACCUCUCAGCACUCUGCUCGUCAUGUCAGAUGCAAAACCUGACGUCAAUCAGGACUGGGCAGCAAUAUCACAGAGAUAGUUACCAUGAUGGAACUACUCCUUUCUGUUCUGUCUGGAUCUGAUAAUGUUGUUUAUGGCUUAUCAGAUCAUUAUGAUUAUUGUGAUUGAUCUGUGAUUCUGUCAGUCAGUCAGUCAGUCAGUCAGUCAGUCAGUCAGUCAGUGAGGUUCAAAUUGAUGUAUUUGUUUGUGUGUUUUUGUCCUUGGAUGCUUGACAAAGUAUGGAAUGUUUGUUGUAAGAUACUAUUUAUGUUGUGUACAAAAAGUACAGUGCAAUUCUAUGGUUGAUAUUGCGGUAACUAAAGCUGACCAUACCUGAACUCUCAAGUCCAGUAGGUGGCAGUAAUGCACCAUUACAGUUUGUUGCCAACUGCCAUAAAACUCCAACUAGAUGUUACCUGGGUAGAUGUAAAUGUACAUUCAGAUUUAGAUAGAUAUAUGUCAGAAUAUGAAUCAUAUCAGAGACACAGUGUACAGAGAAAUGUUAUUUAUGACCAUAGAUACAGAUAUUACAGAUGAUAUGAGGUGUCUCCUCAUGUACAGUUUAUUCUAAAGACUACAUUCUGUACAGACAAGGGUAUGGAAGGAGCACAGACAAUCCAAUCCCUUUAGCUCUGGUGUUAUGCAGUUAUACUGGGUGUUAUGCAGUGGAAAAAUAGGAAAAUGCAGUUCAAAUGGUAAAUGUAGAACUCAUAGCACAACUGAGACAUUAGAGAGGAGAACUACUACAUGGAUAUCCCUCCUCUUACAGGUGGUAAGAAAAGAACAGAUAGAAAGAGGAUGUCAGGUCCCUUCCCUGCAAACUCAUUGCAGUCUGAUAUAUUGUGUUGUGAGAGAGUUUGUAACCAACAGCCACCGUUGUAUCGUAUAGAGACUUAGGCAGUCUCCCCUUUUUCUUUCUUUGAUUGCAAUUGUUAACAAUAGCCAAAUCAGAUAUAAAGUAACAUUCAGUUGGCCAAUCAUAUGGUUCACUGCAGCUCAGCGGUCAGUGGGGGGUGGUCAGUGGGUUGGUGUGGUCAGGAGGGUGGUGUGGUCAGGAGGUGUCCAUGCACUAGGCAUUUGAAGGCCAGAAGACCAGUGUCUGUGAUGUCACCAAUAUCUUGCUCUGGAAGGCUAUUCCAUAUAUGGACAGCAGUGUGUAGGAAUAUUCCAUCCCCUCCCCCUAUUAUGUCCUGAAUGUUACUCACUGAGGACGAUCACAUGAUUUUACUGGACCCAUCGGACUGUUUAUGUUUUUGUGAUGUCUUACGCACAUGUGACUGGAGGCUUAAACAAUAGUUUUGGUUUGAGAGCGAAACCUAGAUUGCUGGCUACCUUGCCCAACCUGCAAUCCGACAGAGGGAUGUGUAGCCUCUCUCUGGUGAGGUCCUCUGCGCCCCUGUUUGGGCUGCUGGGCUGCUCACCUAUUCUAUGUUAAAGCAACAGGUAGACACACCGGUCCUCUACGUAUGUGUGACAUCACAGUCUGGUUCUGUAAAAAAAGAUUAGCGUAAAAAAACAAAAAUUGUAUUUUGAAAAACGAUGUGUUUGUUUAACAGAACACCCAACAUCAUGCUGUAAACAGUACACUGUAAAUUGUACACUGUGCAGUCAGUGUCAGUGGAUGUAAACAACACAGUGAACCAGCCUGUGUCACUGCCUCUGAUCAAAGCUCUAAGUCAUUACCUAUGGCCCAGUCAUAACAUGGCCAGGACAUACUGAUACACACUGAUAUACAGUCCAGGUCUAUGGGCUCAGUACCAUAUGGAGCUACUGUUGUUAGUAUAUUGUUAUUGUCAGUGAUCUGUGUAGUGGAUCAUAGUGAACAACAUCAUCAGGUGACCCUACAGAGCUAGUACCCACAACCCUACUGUCAGUGUCUGAAGGCAUAUCACUGAGCAACUAGGGAGGACAAAUGCAAUUUCCUAAUAAAUUAAGUCCAUAUCAGAGGCUCGAAAUUCAGACACUGAGUCUAGAUGUCACAAAUGUUCAUAAGACAAAGAAACAUGCUUUUAAAGAGGGUUAGCUUUACAGAAAAUGAUGUUGUCGUGCCAACCUUGUUUUGUAAGCAAACCCAUUGGUUGUGUUGAAGUAAUUCUAUGCAACAUAGACCUUGUGUUUGAAUGCAUUUUCUUAACAUGUAAUAUCAGUGAACAUUGUGUCUGAAAAUAUGUAUCUUAUGAAUAGAAUUUUAAUUUAUUUUGGUUUAUAUAUUAUUGAAUAAAAAAAAUAAAAAAAAUAGAGAGAGAUUUUUUUACUACUUAACAGAUGUUAUCAUGUACAUGAAGCUUGUGCACUUUAGUAUUACAUCGUUGAUUGAUUUCCUUGUCCUGUGUAAUGUGUCAUGACAUGCAAGUUUAAGUGUCUGUUCCAGUUAGUGUCUCUAUGUUGAGAUGAUAUUGAGUCAUGUUAUCUGUGCUGUAUGAAGAAGUUCAGACACCACUCUUUGAUUUCCAUGGCAAAAUAAAAACUCAAAAAACAAAAUCUACAAUCACAGACAAUUUAAGCUACAAAUUGCUUCACAAUGCACAAAUCUGAGGAGACAUCAAUCUGUAUGUUUGAUUCAACCACCAACACAUGUAUGUAUAAAUCAAUGAUGAUGAGUCUGAGGAAAAAUAAUAACAGGUUAUUUUCAAUGCCCAACUCCAGGACUGUCCAACAACCCUUCAUGAUCUCCUUAGAUUUCCCUCAGCUAGAUAGUUAAUAUCCAUUGUUCCUCAGUCCGUUGCUAGUAACCGUGAAACCAAUCAAACGUGUAUCUGUGGGGUGUGAAUGUGGCAUACUCAUCUGAUCUGUGUAAAUACAAAGUGUUUUUAUUUUCUACAGAGAUUGAUGAAUCAUAUUGUCUGAGGUUCGAGCAUGUGAGUGUCAAAAAAAUGCUAAAAACUCAAAUCUGUCUGUCUGUCUGUCUGUCUGUAGUGGUGUGUGUGAGGUACUUAUGUGAUCAGACUGUGUUGUCAACCCAUGGGUGUCUGACUGUACAACCAUGUCACUGACGUCACUGAGCCAACCUGGAUGUUGCAUGUUUUGUUGGUGGUCUGUCAAUAUUUUUGCUUCCAGAUUAUGUUUAAAAAGAGAGAGAGAAUAUGUAUAGAUUUAUCAGAAAUUGUAUGCCGACUGUAUAAAGAUUAUGCUUGUAAAAUGGUCUUGUUUUUCAUUCAGUGUAAAAAUGGAGAAUCUAGCGUUCUGGUUUUGUGUUUGUACACAGGAUGUGUUGAGAUAUUAUUAUGCAAUUUGUGCUGUAAAAAACGGCUGUUUACCUAAAGUCUAAAUAAUAAAUAUAAAAAGAGAUUUAUUCCACAACCUGAAA